UUCUACCAACACACAAGUUGAUCAAACGCCCAAUACGCAAGAGGAAACCAACUUGAUAAAAACAAAAUGAAACGAGCCACAUAACACGGGUAACAUAAAACGAAGUACGUAGACGAAGGAGCACAUAAAAAAAUGGCAAAUGAGAGAGCAGAGCAAUACCAAGGGAAGACCACCGGGUUCGUCACCAUAACUUGCCUUAUUGCGGCCAUUGGUGGAUGCAUGUUUGGAUAUGACAUCGGAGUCGCAGGUGGUGUCACGUCGACGGAUGACUUCCUUAGGGAGUUUUUCUCCAACGUGUAUGCCAAAAGGAGAAACGCUCAUGAAAAUAACUAUUGCAAGUUCAACGAUCAAGGACUUGCCGCAUUCAACUCAUCACUCUACAUUGCUGGUUUGGUUGCCACUCUUGUGGCCUCACCAAUCACUAGAAAAUAUGGACGUCGUGUAAGCAUCAUCUGCGCUGGGAUCUUCUUCCUAGUUGGAGCUGCUGUGAACGCUGGUUCGAUCAACCUCCCCAUGCUUCUUCUCGGACGGAUCAUGCUAGGCUUUGGAGUAGGAUUUGAAUCCCAGGCAGUUCCUGUUUACUUAUCAGAGGUGUCACCAACCCAUAUAAGAGGUGCUCUCAGCGUUUUGUUUCAGUUGGCAACAACUCUUGGGAUCUUUUCAGCCAACAUGAUCAGUUACGUGACGCAGAAGCUUAGUCCUUGGGGAUGGAGGCUGGCUCUUGGUACAGCUGCUUUUCCAGCUCUGCUCAUGUCUCUCGGAGGCUACUUCCUUCCCGAGACUCCCAACAGCUUGAUCCAAAGAGGGUUGGCUGAAAAAGGCCGCCAUGUCCUCGAGAAGCUAAGGGGAACUAGUAACGUCGACGCCGAGUUUCAAGAUCUGAUAGAUGCCAGCCUCUUGGCAAACUCCACCAAGCAUCCUUUUAGAGACAUUCUGGAGAAACGCCACAGGCCUCAGCUUGUCAUGGCGGUUCUCAUGCCUAUGUUUCAGAUUCUCACUGGCGUGAACUGCAUUCUCUUUUACGCGCCUGUUAUGUUCCUCACGAUGGGAUUUGGGGAAAACUCUUUGCUCUACUCGGGAGUUCUAUUAGGGUUUGUCCUUGUUCUUUCGACUUUUGUUUCUGUCGGGUUAGUGGACAAGCUAGGACGACGACCUCUGCUCUUAAGCGGCGGAUUACAAAUGAUCACCUGCCAGAUCAUAGUCUCGGUGAUCUUGGGAUUGAAACUUGGUGACAGCCAAGAGCUGUCAAAAGGAUACUCCAUCAUGUUGGUCAUCUUCUUUUCACUCUUUGUUCUCGGAUACGGAUGGUCAUGGGGUCCUCUUGGCUACACUGUACCGAGUGAAUUGUUUCCCUUGGCCAUCCGUUCCGCAGGGCAGAGUAUCACCGUUGCUGUCAAUCUCCUCUUCACCUUCAUCGUGGCUCAGGCUUUUCUUUACCUCCUAUGUGCACUCAAGUUUGGUAUUUUUCUUUUAUUUGCUUGUUGCGUUUCUGUGAUGACCAUCUUUGUCUACUUCAUGUUGCCUGAGACCAAAGGAGUGCCAAUUGAAGAUAUGUCACUCAUUUGGACCAAACAUUGGUUCUGGAAGAAAAUGUUGCCUGAAAACUAGCUAUAAGACCAGCCGUGUACAAAGCACUAAAGCAGUUUGCCUAGAACUACAGUAAGGAAAACCAUUUCCAUCUAACCUAAUAAUUGAUUAUGUACAAAUGUUUUCA